CCUGUCACUACCUCGAGGAGAACAGUAGCAUCUAUUGAAGAAGAGUAGGAGUCGUCGUGCAACAGCAUCACGCUUGACAAGAAAUGGAAGGGAAAAUGCUCAAAGGCAUCCAGGUAGCCCCUGUUAGCAAGCCUUCCACGCGGUUACUUCUGCUGUUGCUGAUGAUGAUGAUUUUGACGGUGAACGGCCAAGAUGUGGGAAAAGGUGGAAUACAAGUGAUGGAGUUCCAGAAAGACGGAGUGGCCAGCUGGUGGACUGUGGCAGAAUACCAAGGCAAGCUGGAUCCAGGACGAAAAAUGGAUUCUGUGACCUUGUGCGGUCGCUUCAAGCUGUACUUCCUGCACUCACGGAGCAGCUUUUUCCAGCUCUGGGAUCGCUCGCUCAACAUGGACGCUCAGCUGAAGGGAGAGCUGUGGCUGGACCGCGUGAGGCCCGUCAUCGCUCAUCGCUGGAACUUCCAGCCUCUUGAAGUCAAGCUGAGGACGUACAGGUGA